UUGAGCAGGGUUCGUCUCUUUCAUGUCAUCUCUAGUUUUCAAACCAAAAAUGGCGAAGUGAUUUUUUUCACAUUUUCGUUUUUUUUGUCCGGCUCGCAAGCGAUUUGUGUCAGUCAGGUGAAUAAACCGGCUAGCCCAACUGUUUUUCGAUUAAAAUAUUUCUGUUCUAAUAUAUACCAUUCAGAUCAUAAGACAGGAGAACUGCUGAGAUAUGUGGAACCAGUGCCUCUUUCAGCGCCGCCGCCGACUCCAUCGGUGCCACCUCCUCUGCCAGAUGCUCCUCCCCCGCCACCGCCGUCGGACCAGGGAGGUUGGGGCUCUUUAGCGCCAUCUGUAUCAGCGACUGUCGCAGCACCCACAGCUACCGCUGGCGGCGUCAGCAUUGCCGUCAACCCUUAUAGCAGCACCGGUCCAGCGACAAUGGGUGGUGCUGGCAACCCCUACGAACAAUAUACGGCUGCACAAUACGCAGCGAUGACUCCGGAGCAGCAGUACGCCCUCCAGCACCAUUGGCAUCAGUGGCAGACCUACCAGCAGGAGUACGCCAAGUGGCAUGCCCAGUACGGCGAGCAGUACAAACGCGAAAUGGCCGCUGCGGCUGCAGCCAAUUCAGGAGGAGGAUCCGUGACUGUGGCUCCGUCACCCGUUGCCGCCCCGACCCCUGCUCCCGCCCCCGUAGUCGCUCCUGCACCAGCCCCUACUCCGAUUGCUCCAGGUCCUCAGGCCUAUCCCCCGGGCCAAAACUAUUAUCCGACCGUUGCAUCAAGUUCCGCUCCUAUGACUGCUGGUCCACCGCCCACCUUGGUGGUGCCCGGAAUUGCCGGAAAAAUAAUGGCGCAGCCCCAGUUGUAUAAUCAACCACCACCGCCGCCACCACAGAAAUCUGGCGGGUACAAUCAGCAGAACAUGUGGCAAGGACCACCGCCUAGUAUGCAGCAGCAGCAAGCACCAAACCGAUACGGAAGCCAAAUAAAUUACAAUAACCAAGGCAUGGACAACCAGAGUUUUCCCAAUUUACAUCAACCACCUCCUAAUUUACAAAGGCCGCCACCACAGAACCAAAACCCUAUUCAGCCACAACAGGACAACCAAUGGGGUAGUAGCCGGCCGCCUUGGCAGCAAGCUCCAAUAGAUAACUCUGGCCAGGGGCGCUGGGAAGGCCCCCCACCGCAAAACGACAUUACCAAUCGUUGGAGUGGACCGCCUCCUGGUAUAGGUAACAACAGUAACGAGACCAAUCGUAUUCGCUGGGAGCCGCCGGGGCCACAUUCGACACAGGUUACUCAUGCAGAUCAAAACCGCUGGAUGAGUGGGCCACCGCCCGAUGAUCAAAAUCAGAAUCGGCGCUGGGACGGACCUCCGCCAAGCAUUAAUGAUUCGCAGCAGAAUCAAAAUAACCGACAGAACAGCAAUAGAUGGAGCGGAAAUUCUAGUGACGAAGUUGGAAACCAACGAACUGGUUGGGGAGGCGAUAACAGCCAGGACUCGGACGGUCUUUCGCAUAAUCCCAACCAAGGCAAAAUUCAGCAGAGCACUUUUACAAAGAACAGCUCGACUGAUCUAUCUGGCAGUACUGACAACUUUGGAAAACGUUCUGCUAACAUCCAAAGCAACCAUGGAAAUAACUUUAAUCAGAACCAGAACCAUGGGGGAAAUUUUGGUGGAGGAGGAGCAAAACAGGGAGGUCCUGGUAAUUUCGUUGGCAGAGGAGGAGGAGGAGCAGGCCCAGAUAAUUUUGGAAAUAAUAAUUUUAAUCAAAACAACCGCCGCCAAAAUAAUCGGUGGGGUGACAACCAUUUGGGUGGUAAUCGCGACCCAAAUCAAAAUAAAAACUUCAAUAACCUAGGAUACUACGGUGGCGACAGCGAUGGUCCCGGUAGCUUUAACAACUCAAUGCGUGGUAACUUCAACCAUCGUAAUUUUACAAACCAGCAGAAUCAACAGAACUCAUCAUACAAUCAAAAUCAACUUUGGAACCAGAACCAACAUCCAAAUCGCCAACAGCAACAGCCGGAUCUGGAUGAAGCCAGCUUUGACCGUCUGUUCAAUCAAUGGGAAAAGCAGUUCGAGGAUUGGAAAAAAGCGAAUGCCAAUCAUCCGGACAGGGAGGAAUACCACAGAUACGAAGAAGAGUUUGAAAAGCAACGGCGUCGUAUUGCCGAACGAAGGGAACAAAUGCGCCGACGUCGUCAACAAGCUGGCGGGAGUGGAGGCGGAAUGGGACAAGGACCAGGACCCGGAUCGGGACCAGAUUCGUUAUCUAGUUUUGGUGGUGGCUACCAAGAAGGUUCAAGAAACGAUGCGGAAAAGCAAUCAAGCGAAGAACGUGCUCCCGACGAGUUCAGACCCGUAACGGGCAACUAUAAUGAACAGAGUAAAGGUGGUAGCUUAAAUUUGAAUAGCUUCAGUGAAAAUUCACAAAACAGAACCGAAGCCUUUGCAAAUAAAAGUCGCGAAUAUGAUACGAGAAAUGAUGGAAGUACAGAUGAAAGUUGCUUGGGCCCUUCAAAUUCAGAGCCAAACUGCAACCCAAGGCCAGAAUCCAGCCAAGAGAACAUAAACACUUCAAACCCGGAAGAUGAAAAUGAAAAUACAUCUCCGUUAGAUCCUAUUAGCCAAAAAACGAAUCCCAAGACGCCUUCAUCUGCAUCUUCAGCAGACGCAGCUGGAAAACCUCGGGUAACAGGAAAACGUCGGCAACCGGGCGGUGACCCUACUUUAUCAACACCCGCCAAACAGGUCAGGGAGGAGGCCAUCCUUACCAUUUCCUUGGACGACGACGACGACGAGGAGGAGGUCGAGUGCCAUACGUCACAGGCUGCGUCUACGCCCAUGGGGAACAUUUUCAAUAAAAGUGAUGGCAUACCCGGCCUGGAUUUGGUGGAAGAUGGAGGCAGCAAGAAUCCGCCUUUGCUUUUCGGAGGAGUGGGUCAACCAGAAUCGUCUGAUGCAUCAAAGCCGUCAGAUCCGUCAGCAUGCAAGAAUCAGAACAACGAAUCCCUAAGCAAUGCCCUCAAAGAUCCCGAUUUUAUCAAUAACCUUACUCAGGCAGUGGCCAAUGUGCAGGAGCGUGAGCAACAGCAGCAGCAAAAGCCAAAGGAGCAGAAAAGUGACGAUGGAGAUCAGUUCGCAGGCACUGAUGGACGACCACUGUCCUUCGCCGAGUGGCAGAGAAAAAAAAACAAUGGUCAAGAUAGUAAAUCGCGGGACUCGUUUGACUCAAGUAGCCCAGUUGGGCAAAAUCAAACGUCUGAUGUAGGGAAAGAUUCUGGCAAGAGUCCUGGUCCAACAGCAGUUCCCGGAGGAGGUCCUGGUCCCGCCCAAAAGUCUGGUUUACGCUAUAGCCCAAACAUUGCUGACCCCCAAGUAGCCGGAAACAAUUUUAUGAACUUCGAUAACAACGAUUCAGGAAGUAGACCGUCGGGAGGUUCUGCCCCUGUCCCCGGCCUUGAGUUUUGUCCCCGAAACUUUGGACCCAAUAACCAGGGUCCCUUCGGACCAGGUGGUCCUGGAGGGCCACACUUUGGGCCCAAUUUCGGUCCAGGCGGACAGGGUCCUAAUUUCGGACCCAGUGGCCCGGGAUUCGGCUUCGGGCCUCGGUCGGGACCCAAUUUCAGGCAUGCCGGUCCCCCAAGCUUUGGUUUUGGUUUUGGCCCGGGGCCAGGACCAGGACCAGGACCUCGGGGUUUCGGCCCACGAGGAGGUGCCUUCGGACCAAGACGCGGCGACGAUUUUGGAGGCCCAUCCUUCGGAGGACCAAACUUCGGUCCGGGCAAUGGUCCUGGAGGGCCAAGAGGAUUCAAUGGGCCCAACUUUGGGUCUGGACCCAACAGUGAUAAUAAUCCCUUUCGACGUCAGAGCGGUCCGUCCAUGCCCAACUUCGACGACGACGGUGGAGGAGGUGGAGUUGGUGGUGGUACGCAGCGUGGACAGAGAAACUUUCAGAACCGGAGUUACGGAGGAGGGAACAACCGCAAAAACUGGAACGACGGACAGGUGCCGUUCCCCGACGAACCUGUCUACCGCCCGAUGAAAGUUUUCGACUACUCAAACUCUCCCUCUGCCGCAAAGGUGAUCGACUACGGUCACUUGUCGGCGGGUGGUUCCGGAUCAGGCGGAAGGUCUAGCAUGGGCGCCGGAAUACCUGAUUUUCGACCCGUACAGACUUUUGAGUACGGCCAUGCUUCGCUACCGGGACCGAAUAGAAUGCCUGCAGGAGGAGGAGGAGAAGGAGGAGGAAGAAUGCAAGGAUUAGGAGGAGGACAAACCCCCAUUGGUGUGGGAGAAGGUUCCGGACGUGGAUAUGGACAGGGAGCUGUCAUGCCAGGCAAGCGUAAAAACAAAAGAAAAAAUAAACAGCAACGCCAAACGGGGCGCUUAAACGUUCAGGAAAAUGAAAAUCAAAACACUUUUUUAAACGAUGAAAACGGCCAGAAGGAGGACAGUGUCAUAGAUGCAGCCCAUCAAGACGAGUCGUCCCAGGACCAUGGAAGCCAAUCAAAUGAUCUCGAAGACAUUUCCGACGGUGAAGAUAACCUUACAACGAUCGACUGUGAUGAGGUGGAUUCACUUCCCUCGCCACCAUCCAUGCAAACAUGGAGUGAUGGCUCCGAUUUACCGGGAAAUCUGCACGUUCUUCCAGUAUCAGUCAAAGAACCCGCUUCUUACGUUCGGGAUAAAAUAUUUACGCCUCCGCCUCCGCCACUGUCUUUGUUUCCUUCGAGAGCCACUGCCAACCAGAACUUGCCCCAGGUUGUCAGUGCUCCCCACUUGGAAAUGAGCGUGCCAACUAACGAAAAUUGCAACACGAUAUCCGUAGACGAGGUGCUGCUGCCGCCGGGACGUCUGACCCGUCCCAAGCGCAUUUGCAUUAUUUUGCGCGGACCACCGGGUUGUGGCAAGUCGCAUGUGGCUCGUCUGAUCAAGGACAAGGAGCUGGAGAUGGGCGGCGCCAAUCCACGUAUCCUCAGCAUUGAUGACUACUUUAUCAUUGAAAAUGAUUAUGAAGAGAAGUGCCCCAAGACAGGAAAAAAGAUUCCCAAAAAAGAGAUCCUGUACGAGUAUGACGACACCAUGGAGGACACCUAUAUGCAGUAUCUUUUGAAGUCGUUUAAAAAAACGCUGAGCGACAAUUUGUACGAUUUCAUUAUUGUGGACUGCAAUAACAAUUCACUGCGCACGUUGAAUGAAUUCUACUGCCAUGCCAAAGACUCAAACUUUGUGCCCUAUGUUGUGGACUUGCACUGUGAUCUGGAGACGUGUCUGGGAAGGAAUUCGCACCAGCGCACAAAAAAUGAUAUCCAGGUGGUCCUCGACAACUGGUGCCCCACACCACUGCAUUACAUCAAGCUGGACGUCAGUUCACUGGUAGAGAAUGUGGUAGAGAUGGAAGACGUUGAAAACAUGGCAACGGACGACAAUGCCAAUGCCGACGACGCUACUCCGUCGGCCGCUACAGGCUCCGAAAUUGCGAAUGUGGAGGAGGAAGACGAUGACAACAGUGCCGACGCCUCGAACGAUUGCGGCUUCCUGAAAAGCAAGUGGGAGUGCGACACUACCGAAGAUAAUUUGGCCCGUUUGGAUGGCACCAAGCGACUGAUGCAAAACCGUAAGGCAGCCAGCAUGGCCGACUACCUCCAGCUAGAUGAGGAAUGGGAGCCACCCAGAUUCACAGCCAACGGGAAAAAGAGGGUACGUUGGGCCGAUAUCGAGGAGAAGCGCUCGCAGGAAAAGAUGCGUGCUAUUGGGUUCGUCGUGGGCCAAACCGAUUGGAACCGCAUGAUGGAUCCCCAUGCUGGGAGUCGGGCUCUGAACAAAACCAAAUAUAUUGAGCGCAUCAAGAAGCGUCGCUAGGUGCCGUUUUAUCUUAAUGAUUAUUGGCAACUGGCACGCAAACAUGGACAAUUCGCGUUAAUAAUCGUAAUGCAUUUCCGGGUAGCAUGCGGGGAUCGAAAUACUCUUAUCAAACAACCCCCAUGAACUAAAUAAAACCACCAUUACCAUCACCACCUACCAUUUAUAAAAGCUUAAAGGACCCCAUAUUAAAAUUAAUCACUCACCAUCUACGCCAUUCAGUAUAAAACUUUAAUCGUUCUACCCAUUGUUGCAUUCACUUUUUUGUAAAGAAAACAAAGUUCGUGUCAGUAAGCUCACGAUGCAUUUGAUCACUUAAACAAUUAUUUGAAAUAUCAAUCCCUUUGCGGGUAAAUAGAGUAAAGCAUGCGUUUAGAAUCGCAAUCUUUUUUGUAUUUCAAUUUGUAAAUUUGACAUUUCAUUGCCGAAGGAAUGAGAAAUGUAUACAAUUUUUAUGUAGACCAAAUAUAACAUACAUACAAACUGAA